AUGGCCAGCACGCGGGCUGCCCGGAAUGAGGUUUUCCAGACAAGCUCCCGCGUACUGGAUGCGACGACCGGUUGGACCGGCGAUGAGCCCGAAAAGUCGGAGCACGAGCCGGUGGUGCCUCCACUGCUCGAAAGGCUUGUAGUCUCGAUGCCGAUUUGGCAUCUGAUCAACAUCACUCGGGAGACUUCCGCCUCAUUUCUCCGGCAUAUGGAACCCGGGAACUUCAUCGUGCGCUUCUCUGAUCGUGCCAACUCGCUCGUCCUCACCUACCGCAGAAAACUAGAGGACAAGGUGGAGCACCAUGUAAUCACGAACAAGCGGUCAGAAAAUGGUGGUCACAACCAUUAUAUGCUGCGCGGACACUCAAUGACCUUCGCCACCGUGCCCGACUUGUUGGUGUAUUACUGCGAAAAGGGCAAGCUCUCCCUGCCGAGGGCGGUCGUCAACUGCGAAUCGGUGGCCCAGCUGCGUAAUUUGGCGCUUCUCGGCGGCGGUAGCUUUCUGGACCACACCGAUGGCAUUGAGUUCGGGCGGAUCGUCGCGGAGCUCGGACUCGUCGUUGCCCCGGCGCUGCACCAAGAA